AUGCUCCUUCAUUUCAACAUCUCUAGUCCCGACGGCAGUCGCAUAAAAGCCAACACCACCUUCGUCAAGCGGAAGUGGCAGCCCAACAUGCAGCCUGUGAGUAGUCUAGCGAGAGAGCGCUCCAUGGGAUUCCGUCCACUCAACCAAUCCGCUCGGCCGCCGACACAAGCGACUCGGCCUGAAGAAGAUCUCCCUCAAGUCCCUAUCUCUCUCCUCCUCCGAGUGACGGCCGAUGUACGUGAGAUUGCCGCCGCCGGCCAGUUCCUGACGACAAUGCACUAUGCUCUUCCCAUUAUUUUCCUCUCGCAACCUCAAUCCAUUAUUAAUCCCGCCGGAUCCGCUCGAAAAUCAAAUCACAAUCUGAAGCCAACCACUGCCAGUGUCUUUAAUUUAUAA